ACUCAAGAAUACUGCCAGAGCCCAGCAGCCACCCUGAGAAGCCUGUAGUCAUGUAGCCCUGCCUUCCUGUCCCCCAGUGUCCAGGAUGGCCUGCUGUUUGGGGUCUGCACUGCUGUUGCUGCUGCUGCUGUUGGGGUCCGCGAGCUCCGCAGGACAGAACCACUGCUUGGACGCGGCCGAGGCGUGCACAGCAGACGCGCGGUGCCAGUGGCUGCGCACCGAGUACGUAACCCAGUGCCUGGCUCGGUCCGCAUCCGGUGACUGUGACCUUGCCCGCUGCCACCGCGCCCUGCGCCGCUUCUUCUCCCGCGGGCCGCCCGCGCUCACCCACGCGCUGCUCUUCUGCCAGUGCACCGGCACCGAGUGCGCCGAGCGCCGGCGUCAGACCUUCGUGCCAGCCUGUGCCUUCGUCGGGUCCAACCCAUCGCCGCCCUCCUGCCUGGAGAUCUUGGAGGCCUGCGAACUCAGCCCAGUCUGCAGACCUCGCCUCCUGGCCUUCCAAGCCUCCUGCGCCCCAGCUCCAGAUGUCUGCCUGCGAGGCCAGGGUCCCCGCUGUCUGCGCGCCUACGCAGGCCUCAUGGGCACCGCCGUCACCCCAAACUACGUGGACAACGCGAGCGCGCGCGUGGCCCCCUGGUGCGACUGUGGAGUCAGUGGGAACAGGCGCGAAGAGUGCGAAAGUUUCCAGGGGCUCUUUACAAGGAACCGCUGCUUGGAUGGUGCCAUGCAAGCCUUUGACAGCGGGUGGCCCUCAAUCCUGCAGGAGCAGCUGGACUCCCACCAGGAUCCUGGGCACAGCCUCCUACAGAUCUCCUCUGCUGACCAGUCCCUGGAAGGGAGCUCCUUGCUGGCCAUUCUCUCUGUCCUGGCUCUCAAGCCCCUGCUUUGACUAGGACCACAGACCUGGGACAACACGUCUGACUACCCACCUUGCAUAGUUUGCUGGAUCACAUCUCUGGCCUAUUGCCCACUGCAAAGGGUCUGGCUUGACCUUGCUGCCAUUCUUUGUGGGUGUGGACAUUGGUGUGCCUGUUCCCUGGAGUGUAAGUUGGAGGGCCUGAUUGCAAAGCUUCUGGUUCCCCUAUUCAUGGGCAUCUUGGUUGGAUUAAUCACAGAACUUGAGAUCUAGAGGUCAAAAUCUCCCAGCCAAAAACUCACUGAGUGCAUCUGGACAGACCCAUAGGCAAGACUCGCUCUAGCACUGCAGCCUUGCAUGGCAGCCUCCCAGUUAGACAUUACCAGUAAUUCAAUCCACCUGUGUCCCAGGACUUUCCAUUGUGAUACUCCACAUUGAUGGGCACCAGCUGGAGUGAAUGUGGUUCCCAUCCCUGCCAUGCCCCCAGGAAUACACUGGCUAAAGUCAUCUUCCCAGAGGUUUACCCUUAGCAUUAGCGUUGGCACACUGUACCAA